CUCCAAUGUACCCGACUGCCCCUCGAUGAUGAUGAUGAUGCCGACGAGCUUGGAACUCACUCAACCUUGAUCAACCUACGUGGCAACAUACGAAAAAUAAGAAAAAAAUAAGAGCGAAAAAGUGAUAAAUAAAAGCAAUAGAAAAAGGAUUCAAAAGAUAAAUAACCACCAAGCUUGACAACCGUCGAAAGAGGAAAAAAAAAAAAAAAGGAAAAGAGAACAAAAAGGAGAAACGAAAAAUGGCCCUCAAAGACACCUACACGCUCCCCGCGGCCGCCGACAUGCACGUGCACCUGCGCAAUGCGCCGGGUCCGAUCGCGUCCCUGGUGACGCCCACCAUCCGCCGAGCCGGCAUCGACACGGUCUUUGUCAUGCCCAACCUUGCCCCGAGGCCGCUCGUCUCGGUCGCCGAGGCCCUUGCGUACAAGCAGGCGCUGCAGCAGCUGGACGGCGGCGUCGAGUAUCUCAUGUCGCUGUACCUGCACGAGAGCAUCACACCCGACGUCAUCAGGGAGGCCAAGCGGGCCGGCAUCAAGGGGGUCAAGGCGUACCCUCGCGGGGCGACCACCAACUCUCAAUGGGGAGUGGUGUCGUUUGACCCGUUCCACGACGUGCUCAAGACGAUGGAGGAGGAAGGGAUGGUGCUGAACCUGCACGGCGAGGUGCCCAGCAGCGCCGCCGACGGCGUGACGGUUAUGAACGCCGAGUCGAGGUUCAUCCCGGUGCUGAAGGGCCUGGUCGAGAAAUAUCCCAAGCUCAAGAUCGUGCUGGAGCACUGCACCACGGCGGACGCGGUCGAGGCAGUCAAGGCGUUGGGCGACAACGUCGUGGGAACUAUCACGGCCCAUCACCUCUCCCUCCUGGUAGACGACUGGUCCGCCAAUGUGCACCACUACUGCAAACCGUCCGCCAAGUCCCCCGAGGACCGCCGCGCCCUCCUCAACGCCGUCGUCACCAGCAACGGCAAGUUCUUCCUCGGCACCGACAGCGCCCGUACGUACAGAGUCCCCCCCCCCCUCGGGUUCCCUUUCACGCAUACAUGCGCACAAACGCAUGUAAACCCAAGCUAACAAUUGAUGAUCCUCCCUUCGCCACCUUCCGCGGGUGUGGGGGUGGGCGUGGGCACGAUCUUUUUAAAAAAAAA